AUGUUAUCCUACGUGUCCAUCCCCGGCAUGUUAUCCUAUGUGUCCAUCCCCGGCAUGUUAUCCUACGUGUCCAUCCCCGGCAUGUUAUCCUACGUGUCCAUCCCCGGCAUGUUAUCCUAUGUGUCCAUCCCCGGCAUGUUAUCCUAUGUGUCCAUCCCCGGCAUGUUAUCCUAUGUGUCCAUCCCCGGCAUGUUAUCCUAUGUGUCCAUCCCCGGCAUGUUAUCCUAUGUGUCCAUCCCCGGCAUGUUAUCCUUGUGUGUCCAUCCCCGGCAUGUUAUCCUAUGUGUCCAUCCCCGGCAUGGGCGGACUGACAACUCAUGGGGCCUCCGGGCAAUA